AUGAACUCGGAUUCGGAUUCGGAUGCUGGCAUCGACAUCACCUCGUCCCUGCUAGGGCCGAUCAAGCCAAAGAAGAAGCAGCAAUCAGAUUUGGGCAAAAUAUCCGGGACCUUGUCCAAGCCUUCGACGUCCAAGGGAGCGAAAGCGAGCGGUGCGAAGGACACGAGCGACGUCUUUGGCGCCCCUAUCGACCUGUCCGAUGCCGAAGAGGAUGCUCUCUUCGCCUCGCUGGCGUCCUUGAACCGAUCUCGCAACCUGUCCGAAGGUCAGGCCGUUGUCAACUCGCGCAAAGACCUCAAAUCGACCAAAGGUGUCAGCGGAGGAGGAUCAUUCCAGGCGCUCGGACUGCCGCCGCUGCUCCUCAAGGCGCUCCUGCAGCGUGGUUUCACUACACCGACCCCGAUCCAACGCCUCGCUCUCCCCAGCAUCCUUGGUUCGGCGGAAACGAUCGUCGCGGGCAAGAAGAUGUUUGUCGCGCGGGACCAUCUGUGUAUGGCCCGGACCGGUUCGGGCAAAACGCUGUGCUAUCUCUUGCCACUCUUGGCGCAACUGAUGACGCAUUCGACCUCUUACGGUGCACGAGGGCUCGUCCUGGUCCCGACACGCGAGUUGGCGUUACAGGUACUCAAGGUCGGCAAGGAUUUGGCGAGGUCGCUCAAGGGCGACGGCGAGGCUCUGAGGUGGGCGAUGGUCGUCGGUGGUGAAGGGAUGGAAGAGCAGUUCAACACGAUGGCCGGCAACCCUGAUGUGUGAGUGAUAGCGAUUGACACUGGCUGGCUCGUGACCUACUAAAAAUCCGAUCUCCCUUGCUCGGCUCAGUGUCAUCGCCACGCCCGGUCGUUUGCUGCAUUUGAUCGUCGAAAUGUCACUCGACCUCCGCGCCGUGCAGUACUGCGUCUUUGACGAGGCCGAUCGUCUCUUUGAGCUCGGGUUUUCCGAGCAACUCCACGAGAUUCUGCACCGCAUGCCACCAACGCGACAGACGUUGCUCUUCUCCGCGACCUUGCCUUCGACGCUCGUCGGGUUCGCCAAGGCCGGUUUGCAGAACCCCAAACUCAUUCGUCUUGACGUCGACAGCAAGAUUUCCAAGGAUUUGCAGAUGGCGUACCUCAGCGUCAAGGGCUCGGAAAAGGAGGCCGUGCUGCUCGGGGUGCUGCGCGAGGUCAUUGCCGUGCCGCUCAUGACGGACGCGCAACGCGCGGUCAAGGACGACUACAUCGAGGAUGAGGACGACGACGCCGAGCGCGGUCGCCCGGCGUGGAAGGGCAAGGGGAAAGGGGGCACCCACGCACACGACCGAGGCAAGAAGCGCAAGCGUGGCGAUGAUGCCGAGAUCCCCAACACCGACGGCACAGCCGUCAUCGAUCCCGCGGCGCGCCAGACCCUCGUCUUUGUCGCGACCAAGCACCACGUCGAGUACAUCACCCUCCUCCUGACCGAGGCCGGCUACUCCGUUUCGCCAAUCUACGGCUCGAUGGACCAGACGGCGCGUCGACUUUCGCUGGCGCGUUUCCGAGCGGGCCGCACUUCGAUCCUCGUCGUCACCGAUCUCGCGGCGCGUGGUAUCGACGUCCCCGGCGUUGAGAACGUCAUCAACUACGACUUCCCCAACGGGACGAGGGCGUUUGUCCACCGCGUCGGUCGUACGGCUCGUGCGGGUCGUAAAGGGUGGGCCUUCACGUUCGUCACUACCGCCGAACUGCCUCGGUUGCUCGACCUCGAGCUCUUCCUCUCGCGACCCGUCCGGACGUGUCCUCUAACCCUGGCCGAAGGGGAGGACGUCGACUUUUCGAACCAGAUCGUCCUUGGCACGACGCCACGGGCCCUACUCGACCUCGACCUCGAAGCCUUGCGCUCGAUGUCGGCUCACAACGGUCAGCUCGAAGUGCUCGGCAACGUCGCUCGCCGUGGCCAGAAAAUGUACGAACGCGGACUGUCCAAAGCCUCGGCCGAGUCGUACCGCCGCGCCAAGGAUCUGGAACGCAAAGGCUACGGUCUGGCGACAACCUCGGGUGAACAGGCCUCGGUGCACCCCAUCUUUGGGGACUACCUCACCCUCUCCGGGACGAACGUUAAGGACGAGCAGAGUCGCGCCGAUCUCUUGGCCAAGGUCAACCUGUUCCGACCAAAUGAGACGGUCUUUGAGGUCGGCACGAGAGGCAAGACGGUCGCUUCGCAACUGAUGAAAGAUCGUCGGAAGGCGAUGCUCAAAUCUGAGCGAGCGCGGGCCUUGCCCGAGGAAGACGGGGAAGAGCGGGAAGAAGAGGAUCGAGUCGAGAUGCCCGCGGAGGAGGAGGAGGAGGGUGGAGCACCCCCUGCGAAACGGGCCGCGGUCGAGAUGGACGAUGCCGACGAGGAAGAGUUGGCGCAAGUCUUUGGUGCACCGCGGAAGCGCAAGCCUCAGAGAGGGGCGGGUGCAACCUACCGCGACCCCAAUUUCUACCUCGGGUACGAGCAAGAAGGGGCCGACACCGAGCGGGGCUACUCAUUGACGAACGGCGAGUCGUUCGUUGCCCAGGCUGCGCAGUCGCAGUACGACGUGUCGGGACGCGGCGAUACCGAAGGGACCCCCGCCGACGCGACGUUACAACGCGCCUCGGCCCUCCGCUGGGAUCGACGGACCAAGAAAUUUGUUCGCGGCGACGGCGUCGGUGCGGACAACAAGAAGCUCGUGCGCUCCGAAUCGGGCCAAAAGUUGCCGGCGUCGUUCAAGUCCGGCGUCUUUGACGAAUGGAAGCGCAAGCAGCGGAUUUCGGUCCCCAAGGUCGGGGAGGCGGAACUACAGGGCAAGACGACGAUCGCCCCCGGUGGCGAGAAGAAGUAUCGCCACAAGGCUGGGGUACCGAAGACCGACCGCGCGACCGACAAACGCAAGGGCCGGACGGUCGGUAAACCCGGUCGCCUGGGUGGAGCGCCUGGAGGGCUGAAGACAGCGGACGAGAUUCGCAAGGAACGCGUUGAGAAGGAGAAGCGGGUCCGUCGGUCGACGCAGCCCGGCAAGAAGGGACGGGGUGGAGCUUCGAGUGGGGGAGGAGGAGGAGGAGGAAGCCGCGGCGGUGGGUUCAGUGGCGGGCGGGGUGGCCGAGGUGGUGGUGGCGGUGGUGGCCGAGGAGGGAGGCGAUAG